AUUUUUCUUCCAGGUUCCAGCGACCGUCGGCCCCCGGAUGUUUCCUCUAUUAGCAAUCCGCCCCUCAGAAGUUUCGGCCUCGUCACCCGUCCAGUGAUCAGUGUGCGUGCGCGGAAAAGUAAUAGCAGCCAGGUCCCUCCGGUGAUUACCACCUGUCACUGGCCCGCUCGACUCCCCUAACCCCAAUCCCAAUCCCAGCCCCAGCCCUCCACGCGUGCGUGCGCCGGCGAUGCCGACGCCGGUGGCCGCGGCGCGGCAGUGCCUCUCGCCGGCCGCCGUCACCGCCCUCGACGCGGCCGUCGUCUCCGCGCGCCGCCGCGCCCACGCGCAGACAACCUCGCUCCACCUCAUCUCCGCCCUGCUCGCCCCUCCCGCCCCGCCGCUCCUCCGCGACGCGCUCGCGCGGGCACGCAGCGCCGCCUACGCCCCGCGCGUCCAGCUCAAGGCGCUCGAGCUCUGCUUCGCGGUCUCGCUCGACAGGCUCCCCUCCGCCUCCUCUGCCUCUGGCGCCGACGACGCGGAGCCGCCCGUCUCCAACUCGCUCAUGGCGGCCGUCAAGCGCUCGCAGGCCAACCAGCGCCGCAACCCGGACACCUUCCAUUUCUACCACCAGGCGGCCACCGCGCAGGCCCCCGCCGCCGUCAAGGUCGAGCUCUCGCAGCUCGUGCUCGCCAUCCUCGACGACCCCCUCGUCAGCCGCGUCUUCGGCGACGCGGGCUUCCACAGCGGCGACAUCAAGCUCGCCAUCCUCCGCCCUGCGCCGCCCAUGCCCAUGCUCGGCCGCCUCCCCACGCGGAGCCGCCCGCCGCCUCUCUUCCUCUGCAGCUUCGCCGCCGCCGACGACGCCGACGUGCCUUCGCCAGCUGCAGGGAGCCUCGCCGGCGGCACCGGGGAGGAGAACUUCCGCCGCAUCGGCGAGGUCCUCGCCCGAGGCCGCAACCCCAUGCUCGUCGGCGUCGGGGCCGCCUCCGCCGCUGCCGACUUCGCCGCCCUCUCGCCGUACCGUGUCCUCCCCGUCGGUCCAAGCUCCAUCGACCAGACGGAGCUCGGCGUGGCGGCCGCCAUGGCAAGCGCCACCUCCGGCCUCAUGAUAAGCAUCGGUGACCUCAAAGAACUGGUCCCCAACGACGGCGAGCUCCAGGAGAUGGGGCGCCGGGUGGUGGCGGAGGUGACGCGAGUGCUGGAGACGCACAGAGCUGGCCGUGUCUGGGUGAUGGGCUGGUCGGCCACGUACGAGACCUACCUCACCUUCUUGUCCAAAUUCCCCUUGCUCGACAAGGAUUGGGAGCUCCAGCUGCUGCCGAUCACGGCAGUGCGCGCCGGAGGCAGCCCCGCUGCGCUCAUCCCUCAGGCAACCACCGCCGCGGCUUUCUCCAAGCCUGCAAGCUUUAUGGAUGCGCUCCUUCCUUUUGGGGGACUUGUCAGCGAUACCUACGAAGCUAACAGCCUCACAGCAAAUUCUUGUCCUCCGGCCCUUCGGUGUCAACAGUGCAAUGAUAGAUACGAGCAAGAAGUUGCUACUAUCAUUAGAGGAAGUGGCAUUACAGCUGAAGACCAUCACCAGGGAGGUCUACCUUCGCUGCUGCAGAAUGGCAGCACGAUAGGUGCUAACAAUGGAUUUGAUGCAGUCAAGGUUAGAGAUCAGAUGGUAUUGAAUUCAAAAAUAUCGAAUCUACAGAAGAAGUGGAACGAGUACUGCCUGCGGCUCCACCAAGGCUGCCAUAGGAUCAACAGUGUUCCAUACCAGUUAUUUCCGCAUUAUAUUGGUGUUCCAGCCAAUGGGGAAAGAGCAGAAAAUCUGAGCAAAGGUUCUGAAUCAGUUGCACUUCAAAGGGAGGUUAUUAGACCUUCUGUAGUGUCUGUUCCACAUACCAAUGCUACCACAAAGAGUAUUUCACCCCCAUCUAUCUCUAACCAAAGGAAUGACAACCUUACAUUGGAGCUUCAAGCUGGGUUUUCAAAGAGUGAUGAAAAGCAGUCCCAACAUGAAACCCUGUCAUACUGUCAUGAUCAUCACGAAGAUCACGUGUCACCAUCAUCUGCCGUAUCUGUGGCAACUGACUUGGUUUUAGGCACGCCUCAUGAAUCUUCUUCCAAGGGCACAAAUUCUGCCAGCUGCAAACAUGUAGCUGAUGCAGAGAUAUCUGUACCCAAGAAAGUUGAUAAUUUGAAUCUGAAGCCUCCGCAGAUCUUUGCGCAACCCUUUGCUUGUUCCAAGAGUUCCACAAAUAUGGGGCAAACAUCACCUAGUGCUCAGCAUUCAGCAGCUUCUGGAGGUUUGUCUGCUUUUGGUCAUUGGCAGAAACCUUCACACCUCGCAGCACAAGGUUCUGAUUUGAGUAAUUACAAGCUACUUGUGGAACGCUUGUUCCAGGUUGUUGGAAGGCAGGAGGAAGCCUUGAGUGCUAUUUGUGGUUCCAUUGUGCGGUGCAAGUCAAUGGAGAGGCGCCGUGGUGCAAGCAGGAAGAAUGACAUGUGGUUUAGCUUUCAUGGUUCUGAUUGCAUGGCCAAACGCAGAGUUGCUUUGGCGCUUGCAGAGCUCGUACAUGGCAGCAAAGAGAACAUGAUUUAUCUGGACCUGAGUCUCAAGGAUUGGGCUGACUCAAGUUACAGAGGAAAGACUGGCACUGACUAUAUUGUUGACGAGCUGAGCAAGAAACGGCGAUCUGUCAUCUUCCUUGAUAAUGUCGAUAAAGCUGACUGCCUUCUCCAGGACACUCUGACUCAUGCCAGUAAGACUGGUAGAUUCCGAGACUUGCGUGGCAAGGAAGUUGACAUUAAUGACUCCAUUGUUGUGCUGUCAACAAGAACAACCAGAGGCUCCAAAAGCGUGUCUGUUGGAAUGGAAGAGGGUCUUACUUUCACUGAAGAUAAGAUCCUGGCAGCUAGUGGACAUCAACUGAAGAUCCUGGUAGAAUCAUGUACGGCGAUCACCGGUGAAGGCCACGGUGAUAAGGUGAUAGUUUCCCCCGGGCACCCUCUAGCCAAAAUUCAUGCAUCUUUGUACUGUGGGGGUUCAGUCAGCAAGCGAAAGUUCAACAUUUCUGAUGACCAAGAAAAGCUGCAGCAAGAAUCACCGAGCAUUUCCAAGCGACUGCACAGAACAUCAAGUGUUCCGUUCGACCUGAACCUCCCCAUCGACGAGGAUGGUUCGAGCGAUGCUGAUGACCACAGCGGCAGCAAUGACAACUCAUAUGGCACUCCGGAGAGAUCCAUGGACAGCCUCUUGUGUUUGGUUGACGAGUCCAUCGAUUUCAAGCCAUUCGACUUUGACAAAGUCGCCGACUACGUACUGCAGGAGUUGAGCAAUACACUCCGCAAAGUUCUGGGCUCCGGCUGCACAUUGGAAAUUGAUGUCGGUGCAAUGGAGCAAAUAAUUGCAGCGGCAUGGGCAUCAGAGGGCAAGAGGCCUCUCCAGGCCUGGCUGGAUCAGGUGUUCGCUGGAAGCCUUGGGGAACUGAAGGUCAAGUGUGGUAAGCAUGCCAGCAGUUCCACUCUUAUACUAGUGGCCUGUGAGGACAUGGCAGCAGUCAGGGAAGACAAUGGUUUUGGAGGUUUGCUCUCCUCCAGAAUAAUUCUAGAAUGGUGAAAUGAUGGUAUCUGUAUAGCGAUAAUUGUAAUUAUUUCUAGCUAUUAGUCCACAAUAGUAUAGCAUUAUUUUGCCGGGAAAUAAUUUGUAGCAUAGUUGAUGAUGCAUUGCCUUCAUAUAUAUCGGCAAGUAUAUAUUGAUUGUAACACUUGUGGAUUUGCCAAUAUAUCACUGUUAUAUAUGGUGAUGCAGAGGUAGAGUACUGAAGUCCAUAAUCAGUGGGUAA